AUGGAAAAGCAGGCAACAAAAGAAGAAAUUCCAGUUGAGAAGAGAGUGAAAUCUAGGAAACCCUAUAUCCCCAAACACCUCAAGCGAGAAUUUAACAAAGAGGAACUUGAAGGAUAUCACAAGAGGGUGAAGAGGGUUCCUAAGGAUAUGUCUUUCGAGGAUGCAUAUCAUAAGUAUAGACAUGGUAAUUUCUUCAAAGAGAGCAGAGUGACUGAUAAGGAUUUUGAGAUCCUAUUUAACAAGGUCAUACGUAAACCCAAGAGGACACUGAAGAAGGAACAAGAUCCUGGAAAGUUUUUGAUUCCAUGCUCUAUACAUAGCCACCAUUUACCAAACUCUCUAUGUGAUACUGGAUCUGCAGUCAGCAUCAUGGCCAUAGACACUGCUGAGCUAUUAGGACUAAAGAUGGAACCUUCUAAAGAUAGUUUCACUUUCGUGGAUAGCUCCCGAGUAAACUCAGCAAGCAUGAUCAAGAAUGUUAAGGUGGAGAUAGUAGAAUGCAUUAUCCCUGUGGACUUUCAUGCUAUGGAUAUCAAAUCAGUCAAGACAUCUCUACUUCUUUUUGGAAGAGCCUUCAUGGCUACAGUGGGGGCAGUUUGUGAUCUUAAGAGAAAUAAGAUGUGUCUGACUAAUGUUAAUGAAAUUGUCUUCUAUGAUCCCAUGGAAAAGAAGAAAAGUGAGGAGCUUAUUUCAUGCAUAGAGAUGUUUGAAGAUCCAGGACCUACAGCUGAUUCAAAUCACGAGCCUGCAAUACCAGAAUCAGCGUCGGUCGACAUUGGCAUUGCAGCAUCGGUCGACUUCCAGUCCUAA